AGGUUAUAAUAUAAACUUAUAAAUAAAUAAAAUCUUGAAAGAUUGUCUUUCCAUUGAAAUACCCUUACCGUGUUGACUUUAAAACCCCAUACUUCAAAGUCACACCUCCUUUAUAUUUCCCUAACGCCUAAACAAGAUCUACAAACACCACUCUUCUUAGUAUUUGUGUGAUCAAGAAUUCUCCAAAAUGUCUCGUCACCCGAAAAUACACCCGGAAGCCCCAUCAGCGCGAGCAUCGGCUCCUCUGGUACCACGUGCUGCCUCUAGAUCAGAACAAGGAGACCCGGCCAAAGACGUUUUGACCCAACGGUCCACAUACGUACCGUUGGCUCCGCCGAGGAAGAGAGGAAGAAGCUGUUGCUGCAGGUGCGUGUGUUACACACUCUGCCUUUUCUUGCUCCUUGUUGUUGCAGUAGGCGCGACGAUUGGUAUACUCUACCUUGUAUUUAAACCGAAGCUACCGGAUUACUCUAUUGACCGGCUGCAGCUCACCCAGUUUGCACUCAACCAAGACUCGAGUUUGUCCACGGCUUUUAACGUGACUAUAACCGCUAAGAAUCCGAACGAGAAGAUCGGGAUUUACUAUGAAGAUGGGAGCAAGAUUACCGUGUGGUACAACGAAACCAAACUCAGCGAGGGAUCGUUGCCAAAAUUCUAUCAGGGACAUGAAAAUACCACAGUGAUAGACGUAGAAAUGUCUGGCCAAACUCAGGAUGCAGCGGGUAUAAUGACAACAUUAGAAGAGCAGCAACAAACAACCGGGAAUAUACCAUUGAGAUUAAGAGUUGACCAGCCGGUUCGAAUCAAAUUCGGGAAGUUGAAGCUGAUGGAGGUGAGAUUCCUGGUUCGAUGUGGUGUAUUUGUGGAUAGUUUGGCUCCAAAUAAUGUUAUUAAGAUUCAAAGUAGUAGCUGCAAGUUUAGGCUCAGGCUAUAAUUCUGUUUCUUAGGUAUUCUAUUUGUCAUUUGGUAAGGUAUUGUAUUGUGUUUUCAUUUUUUGUAAUUCAUAUUUUCAUUAAAGUCUCCUUUUAAGCUACACUCUUGUGUCAGACCCUUGUUAUACAAAUUACUGGUUUUUGUUACGAAUAAUUGCUUUCUAGGAAACGUAGAAAAUCAAUUUUUAUGAAACAAAAAAAAUCUUAUACAAUAAAGGAGGCUUUGCUCUCUCCUUAUUAAACCACGUCAGCAGGAAGGAUAGAGCAUUUUUUGACACCUGUCAGCUCCUAAAAUCAUCUUGAGUUAAUUUUCGUUGGGCCAGUUCUGAUGUCUUGCAUUGGUUUUUUUCCAGACUUUUUGUUCAUCAGAUCUUUACGGUUUAUUCUUGGCCCUUUAUUCUUCUCAAAAGUUACAAAUUAAUGGAUCAUGUUAACCUUUACAGCUUCCUUACUUUAUUGCAUCCAUUUUGGUUUAAUGCUUCUAUUAUAACAGUUCCAAUCUUCAAACCUUCAAUCAUCCUUUUCAUCUGAUUCACCUCGAUAUCUUGAAGAACCCAUCACCCUGAUCAUCAUUGAAAUAUCUUUCAGCUUUUCGGUGUUACGAGCAACGAGGAGAAUCGUGAGUACUUUCUUUGGCGACUGAAAUUAGAAGAUCCAUGUUGAUAGAGUCAUGAUGCAAACGAACGAUGGGUCUCAGAUAUUCAUAACAACUAAGAUAAUCUCUCCAAGAAGGAAAUCAAAACUCAAACGUUGGAGAUGAUGAGGUUGCUUGACAAUGAUGAUCAAAGUCAAUUGAUUAGAUUAAAGGACAAACAUCUUUCUCUCUUCAAAUCAAAAUAAGAACAUUUUCAGAACAAACUUUGGGAUGAAUUAGAUGACUUCGAAGCUUGGUUUCAUAUCUUCACUCUAUAUCAAAAUAAGGAAGGCUGAAAGCCUGCAACGCUAGAGAUGCAGAUGAAUGUAAAUCAGUGGAAGUUUAAAUCAGCAAACUGAAACAUGCUUUUCCAAUGCUUGGUUCUGGAAAGAGUUAUGAGGUACCUUAAUCACUAGGCUUAGUGCUGGUGCAAAUUCUGGCCCUGCUACUACUGCAUAAAAAAUAAGCAAGCUGCACAAAUUUACUUCAUUAUUCUUGCCUACUCUUUUACUUUGCUGAUUAUCGAUUGAAAUGUCCACAAUUUCUUAAGCAUAUGGGCUAUAUCACUAUUCUUUCUCCUCUUUUAUCUGUGAACUGGCUAUGGAAGUUUGAGGUUAUGUUUCCCCUUUUUCUGGGUUAUAACAGAAACUUAAAAAGCUCCAAGAACAGAAACUCAUUGAGAAGCUAUUUCAGCCAGAGCAGAUGAAAAUUCGGUCACCAUAAGGUGGAACAAAUGGAAGAUUGGUAGUCACGGUUAAAAAUGUUGAUUUUGGUUUCAGGGAUAAGGUGAGUUACUACUAACUUUUGAAUCAAAGUCAUGACAAACGAUAUUUCUUAUGUUUGACCCUGUCAAGAAGUGUAUUAUUGACUGUAAACCAGAUGUGUUCUGAAUAAUUUUUCGGAUUAGUUUUACAUGAUUAGUGCG